CUCAACCUCAACCCACCUGAUAAAUUAAAAAGUUGAGAAAGCAGCUUCAGCCUCAGCCUCACUGUAGGCUGUAGAUAGAGCACCAGCUCUAAUGUAUUUAUAUUAUUAACUAGUAAAUAGCGCUUUGUUAAUUCUCAUUGGAAAUUAUCAUUUUAAAACACGAGCUAGAAUCAUUUCUGCUGCCUUGGUAUUUUUCAUUACUGUUACUGAUGUCGAUCGCUUCACUCUCCCUCUUCCUCAACCAUCGAACCCCGGCCGUCCACAACCUCCUCCGCCACGUAACCUCCUUUCGCCUCCUUCCAAUUGCCGCAGCCAAGCAGCAGCAGCAAAAGAACCCUAACAAUGUCUCCAGAAAACCCCAACCGAACAAGAAUCUCCUCAGAGCAAAACAAUCCUUCAAGGAGUAUUCCUCUCUGGCGCCGGUACUCUCUCUAGAUGACAAACCUGACCUCUCCGAUUACCAAGCCAUCGGCACUGUCGCUGCUGCCCAAGCCAACUUCAUGCGCGUAAUCGUCCAGUCACUUCCUCCAGCCUCCGAGCUUUCUGGCAACUUCCAGAAGAGCGAAGAAGAAGCUUCUAGUAGUAAGUCUGAUGAAGGUAAAAUUGGUGUUGAGUUGCUGUGUGUGGUGAGGGCGGUGCUGAAAAAGAUAAGGAGGAGAGUGCUGGUAGGGGACAAGGUAGUGGUAGGGUCUAUCGAUUGGGUGGACAGAAGGGGCAUGAUCGAGAAUGUGUUUCAACGGAGCUCGGAGAUUUUGGACCCUCCGGUAGCUAAUGUUGAUCACUUGUUGGUGCUUUUCUCCAUGGAGCAGCCGAAGCUUGAGCCGUUCACCCUUACGAGAUUUCUGGUGGAGGCUGAAUCCACUGGCAUCCCCUUGACGCUUGCUUUGAAUAAAGCGGAGCUUGUUGACGAAGAGACGUUGGUGGCCUGGAAACGUAGACUGCGUAGCUGGGGUUAUGAACCAGUGCUUUGUAGUGUUGAAUCCAAGCGCGGACUUGAUUCUCUUGCAUUUAUUUUGAGAGAUCAAACCACAGUGAUUGUGGGUCCUAGUGGAGUUGGGAAAUCUAGCCUGAUAAAUGUUCUGAGAAACAACCCACGUGCUUGUGAUGCUGCAGAAGUGGAUAAUUGGUUUGACCCUAUAUUAGGAAGUAAGUGGUUUGAGGAACAGCGUGUUGGGGAAGUUUCAACAAGGAGUGGCAGAGGGAAGCAUACCACUCGUAAUGUUUCUUUGCUUCCACUAUCUGGAGGGGGAUAUCUUGCUGAUACUCCUGGGUUUAACCAGCCUAGUUUGCUUAAAGUAACCAAGCAAUCUCUUGCACAGGCAUUCCCUGAGAUCCAGAAAAUGCUGAGUGCCAAUGGACCAGCUAAAUGUGCAUUCAAUGAUUGCUUGCAUCUUGGUGAGCCUGGGUGCAUUGUGAAAGGUGAUUGGGAAAGAUAUUCCUUCUAUUUUCAACUUCUUGAUGAGAUCAGAAUCAGGGAGGAAUUUCAAUUGAGGACAUUUGGAACAAAAAAGGAGGCUGAUGUAAGGUACAAGGUAGGAGACAUGGGUGUGCAGCAAGCAGAACCUCGUUUGGAACCCAAGAAGCAUAGAAGACAAUCUCGCAAAAGGAUCAACCAAUCUAUACUGGACGAGUUGGAUGAACUGGAUGAUGACGACACCUCACUAGAUGAAGAAAACGACCCCAUCUUGAGAGCUUUAAGGAAUGAAAAUCAGUAGGAAGUUCUAACCGUGUACAGAAAUAAACCAUGAAUAGUUAACUUUUUGAAAGCGUUUCUCGUUCUCAUCACAGAGAUUGAGCUCUGUUUGUAUAGAUAAUAAUCUGAGGCAAAUUACGGUUGCUAUAACUAUGAUCCUUUCUAUGAUUGGCAGCUAUUUGGAGUUCUCGAAGCUAA